AUGUCCACAACUCGAAGAUACUCAAAAAAGUGUCGACACGAUUCUCUUGAUGAAGAUGAAUAUGAAUACACAGAAAACACCACGAUUGAUACUGUUGAUUAUAUGGAAACUAAUGAAAUGAGAUCAAAUUUUGAAGAAAAGCACUCUGCUAUGCCGCCAAGCUUUGGACCACGAUCAAAAACUUCAACUCCAGAAAAUCCAGAGGAUCAAGAAAAUCCCUCUGAUCUAUAUUCUACCGAAAUUGAGCCUCUGUCGACUGAAGAUCGAUCGAUAAAUUCUCCAAGAAAGGACAAUAUUAUGAUUAAACCCAUUGAAAAUGAUAGGAACGGGAUUUCUGGAGAAAGAGAUCACCUCUUCAUUCAAGAACCUCAGCCGCUAAAAGCUGAUUUGUAUGGUUUGUCAAUGUUUGAAACAUCAAAAAGUACAGAGAAUGGCUAUGAAGUAGAUGAAUCCACGGCUUUAAGCACGACUUCUCACCCAUUUAAAAUGCAAAUGCAAAAGCUUAAAGAUUUCGACGUCUAUUCGGACUAUGACUUGUCGUUGAAUGAAAUAAUUAAGACGAGUUCGAUAAUGGCAACAACAACAACAACAACGACAACGACAACUGCAGCCAUGACUUCAGAGGAACAAGAAUGGGCUUCACCAACAGUCUCCUUAAAAGAAUCCUUUGAAGAAGAAUUUGAAACAACAACCAUAUCUGUAAUCAACUAUCAAUUACCUCGAUCACCCGGAUUUUCACCUCAACCACCGGGUUUGAUGAUUACAAGAGAUCAUCAACAAAUGGAUUCGAAUAAUGUUGAGGAGACGGGAUUCGAUGAAGAACCUAAUGAUGAUAUGACUCUUGAAGAUCCGAGACUAGAUGAAGGACCAAAAGGACCUCAUAGGUCACUUAAAGAUUUCAAUCAGAGAACUUUGCCUGAGGAUCGGGAAAUAGGACCGCGAGGACCUGAUAGAUCGUUGGAAAACUUAAAUCAAAAAAUGUUCCCAUCUCAUCCACCAAGUCUUCCAGCUAUUCUCAUUUCUCAGCCACCAGCUUCUCCACCAGCUUCUCCGCCAGCUUCUCCACCAGCUUCUCCGCCAGCUUCUCCACCAGCUUCUCCACCAUCACCAGGUCCUUCAAGAAUCAAAAUGCAACAAAGACAAGAGAUGAUGAGCCCGAGUAUUAGAGAAACCUCUAGAACUUCAAGUGAUGAAGAAGAUGACUAUGAAGAUAUUAAUGAAACUGAAGAGAUCCCUUUUCAAGAAAAGUCAACCUUUAUUCGGAACUACUCAAUUCCAGCUUUAUUGAUCUCUACUCCUCUUCCUACAAUUCCAACAACCGCUAUGGUUCCAGUUUCAUCAACUGCAGCUUUGUCUACUCUGCAAAAAGCUUCUCAGGUCAGGCAAAUAGCCACCACCACUCCGAAGAUGUUCCGGAUUUAUCGUAUACCUCAGUCUUGGGGAAGUCUCGUCGACACGAGUGUGGAAUUGGAUGUGAGAAGAGCGAUUUAUCGAAAAGAGAAUUUCCGUCGAACAACAAUUACUCCUUUGAUAUUCACAACACUGAAUUAUCAACAGAUUCACUCAACGAGACAGACUUCCUACUUGUAUGGACGUCUCAUCCAGGCUUCAACUCCUCCAAUGCCAUCAUUUUCGGGUUUAAAAGUAAUCCGACCCCCAGCACCUCCCCCAAUGAAGAGACUUCCAACAAUGACGCCGGUUCAGAAAAUUCAAGUUCAACCAAGCCUAUACAAAUGGAAUAGCAGUCCAGCAGUCCUACCCGCCUCUCCUCUUUUUAGUAUCUUCCAUCGACGCCCAUUCACGCAAGAACGAUUGUAUCGCGGAAAACUCCGCGCACUCUUUCAACGCGGAUUGUCAAAGGCUAAAGUCGUAACAUGGACCCAAACAGAUGAUGGCUGUUGUGGUGGUCGAUGGUUUACUCGACAGGGGAAAAUUUGUCACCCGAUCAACUUCGAUCCUUGGUUACUCGGGGAAAACCCCACUGAGGAGGCCGUGUUGUUGCGGGAAUCCGUGUUCGAAAAGGAAAAAGAGGUUCGGGAUUUG